AUGAAUCCCUACUGUCAAAUAUUCGCUUUUAUCACUGGUCCAAUAUUUAUGGCUAUUCCUCAAGCCGCCACAAUCUUGUUGAUCCACCCUCUGGAUGCGAAUGACCUCAUCCGCGAGAAUCCAGGGCGUACAAAAAAACUCAUUGGACUUUGUUACUACGCAUUCGAGCAGCAAUCUGAGCCUCGUGCUAUUGGAACUCCUCGACAGGUGAAGGGUCUUCAUCCACACCCCGCAUAUUACUACGAUGCCAAGAAAGGCACCACCGUCGUUACCCGGGGUUCCUUCUUGUUGCGGCAGUUCGCUGUUUUGGUCUGGCAAUAUGCUAUACUUGAUAUGGCUCAGUAUGCUGCCCACCACAAGCCAGUGAGACUUGUGAUUGAUGAUAUAUUCACUGAAUUUGAGGGGAACGUGCCUCUUGGUAUCUGGGUUGAGCAGCUUACAGAGAAUUUACUUUCUUGGUUUUUGAUUGCUCGUAUAUGCAUUGAUUCCCGAUACCGCAUGGCCUCGAUCUUACUUGUGGGGUUGGGGAUUAACUCUCCUCAAGACUGGCCACCGUUGUUUGGAAGGAUGUCUGAUGCUUAUACGUUACGAAACUACUGGGGGACUUUUUGGCACCAGGGCCUACGCCAGCCGCUCACGUCAGUCAGCAACUUGUUCACACGUGAUAUCAUGCAUCUCCCCAGACCAUCGGUUCUCGAACGAUACACGAACAUAUUUCUUGUAUUUCUCGGGUCAGGUGCACUUCAUCUGACGAUCGACGUAGUCAUGGGUAUUCCCUUCCAGUGCUCUGGCGCAAUACUAUUCUUCACGAGCUUCGUUUUGGGAUAUAUGAUAGAAGAUGGUGUGCAAGCUCUUUACAAGCGAAUGAAAGGUCCUGACGCACAGACAGGUUCUAAAUAUAAAUGGAUUGUUGGUUACUUGUGGGUCGCUUUAUGGUUGGGUAUAUCGUCAAUGGUGUAUACGUUCCCAGGUUCGCAAGGCAUUCCCCCACACGAGCUGAAGACGGUCCCAUUUAGCGUAUCCGACCGCAUUGGGAUUAUGCCUGUGGCCGGAAUUACGUUUAUCGGCGGCUUUGCUUUGCUCUUCGGGUUGAAAGCCGAGAUAUGA